CCCCUCAGCGUAGAAGUCCUGAAAUUUUUCACAACGCUGCAGGUUUAGUCGUUGAAAUUCUUUCCUCUUUCUUACUGCCUCGCUGGACGACUCACCAAAAAGAAAAAAAAAUUUCGAGUAGUCAACUUCACAUUGUUCAUUCGUCGCGGUCGCCAAUGUAUCUUCACGGAGUUUCUGUCUUUUUGGUUUUGGGAAUUUUUGCCGCUACUUGUAGUGCUAUUCCUUUGGUCCCCAAUGCCGACACGAACCUUACGGUAGAUCCUCGGUCUGAAGCCGUAGGCAUACGGGCACGGGGAGCUCCCAAACAGUUCAAGAUUACCUACCCUACAUCCCCAGGAAAACCUGCCAAGUUCGACAAAUACACCGACGAAUUAGCAAAACAGUAUGUGACGACAAUCAUACAUCAGCAACCCGCUUUGGAAAAAUUGGGUGUUACCCUCCCACAGUCUGUCCGCUUCGAAAACCCAAACCACGAAGAAUAUCAACGCGAACUUGCAAAAGUUGUCGAGUUCACUUUCGAAAAGUACCCGUAUGCCUCCUUGGAUGGUAUGUAUAGUCAUGAAUACAGUGGGACGACGGCGUCCUUUGAAGUGGUCGAUCCAACUCGUUGGCUGUCGAAGGUAGUCGCUAAAGGAACAGCUGGGGAAAGUGUGUUCAAGGGGGUCUAUGGUGAUUUGAAGAAAUCGGACAAAGAUGAGGAUGUCUUUCGAUAUCAAGAGAAAAAGCUGGACCCGGUCCGGGCUGCGUCCUACUAAGUACCCAAAGAAAAUAUUGUGAUCCUAUAUGAAUACUGUAGCAGUAUGAAGUGAUUGUUGGACUUGAAUUCCGAAUUGGCAUGUAAAAGAUCUAAGUUCGAACUUUGGAAGAGGUAUUAAAGAGCACGCGUGCCGUGUCUUAUUCCACGUGGC